AUGUCUCCCCAAGCACCAGUCGAAAAGAUUACCCAGGAAAUUAGCAAUCUGGAUCUAUCAUCGACUAAAAAUAAUAAGAAGGAUGAAGAAAAUCUUCUUUACGAUAUCGACGAAUAUUUCUGCAAGCCUAAUAUAAAGGCACUAUGGCAAAGAAUCAACUCAAGGAUUCGAGACUUUUUGAGACUCAACCAGAUUGAGCAAUUCGGACGUCGGUUACCGACCAGAGAUGUCGACUUGUGUGAUACCCGAGAAGAAUGGAUGGACUGCGUACUGAUGGCACUCGAGAGCCACCGCAGCGAGUUGAUGGCGGUUGCUUUGUUGGGGACCAGGAACCUAUCCCGUCGCAUCAUGGGCAUCUUGGACCGCCACAAUGAGCUAGAAGGGCAAAUGAGGGAGUGUAUCGACGAAGUGGUGGAAGAUGCUAUCAAAGAUGCUAAGCACCGCGAGCGCCGUCUAAGAAAGAUGACCAAGCAGAAGCAGAAGAAGAUGAACCGUCAGAGUGCUAGAAUCGAAGCCCCCAGGCGCCAAACAAGCAAAUUCAGGCCAUUCUCCCGCUCAUCGUCUAGGCUAUUUUCCAGUCUCAAAAAGCCAUCCACCAAGAUCGAAAUGAGACUAAGCCCCGACAUCAAUGAUGGCUUCUUCUUCAAGAUUGGCAAGGAGUGGAUGAGAAAUAUCGCCGCCUUGGACAAGGCCAAAGAAUUGAUGCAAAAGCAACAAAUACUCAUUUCCUUGGCACAUAGUGCGAUAGUCUGGGAUCCAACGAGCGUCUUUUUCCGCGAAGGGAGGGUCCAGGGUCAGCUCUGGACGGACGGGUUCAAAGAUGAGCAUAUCCGCAAGGUGGAAGGCGACCUAUGGUGUGUCCAGAUGAAAUGGAGACCGGAAGAACGAAGCAAGUGGAGGCCCAAGACCAUCCAUGUUAACGGGAAAUUCGGCCGCCAGGACGCGGAGGAGGUCAGCUGGGUCCCCAUCAGAUAUAAUUGUUCUGAAGCUGAACUUGACGUCGAGAUUUUCGUUUAUGACGACUUUUAUGACGAGGAUGAAUGGUGUGAUUGA